GCGGCUUUCACCCAAACCAGUUCUGCUCCUGAUGGGCGUGACGCCAACCUGAAGAGCCUGUCCUUCGGCCGCCGCGGCUGGGUUCGUCUCACACGACGCAGCUCACUGCUCCGGACCGGUGUCCUGUCUGAGGUUUUCGGAGCUUGCUUUGAAGAUGCCCUACAGCGUGACCAUGCCGAGCGGCUCCGGCCAGGCGACCCUAGUGGAGAGCACCCAGGCGGACGGGAAGACGUACGAGCAGCUCCGCCGGGAGUGUUUGCAAAAGGGGAAGCUGUUCGAGGAUCCUGACUUCCAAGCCAGGGACGACUCGCUCUUCUUCAGCCAGAGGGUCCCGGUUAACUUUGAAUGGAAGAGGCCGGGGGAAAUCUGCAAAGACCCCAAGUUCAUCACAGGAGGAGCCACCAGGACUGACAUCUGUCAGGGGCAGCUGGGAGACUGCUGGUUGUUGGCAGCGAUCGCCUCCCUGACCCUCCACGACGAAACACUAAAGAGGGUCGUACCACACGACCAAGACUUUGAUCGCGGCUAUGCCGGAAUCUUUCAUUUCCAGUUCUGGCAGCAUAAUAAAUGGAUGGACGUGGUGGUGGACGACCGGCUCCCGUGCGUGAGGAACAAGCUGGUGUUUCUGCACUCCGCCGACAACAACGAGUUCUGGAGCGCGCUUCUGGAGAAGGCCUAUGCCAAGCUGAACGGCAGCUAUGAGUCCCUGAAAGGAGGAAGCACCAUGGAGGCGAUGGAGGACUUCACGGGCGGCGUGGGCGAGAUGUACGAGACGAAGAGCGCCCCCGCGAGCCUCUUCCUCAUCCUCAAGAAAGCCGUGGAGAGAGGAUCCAUGCUUGGGUGCUCCAUCGACAUCACAAGUUCGGCCGAGUCCGAAGCGCAAACCACUACCGGUCUGGUUAAAGGCCACGCUUACUCCAUCACCGGAGUGGACGAGGUCAACUACAGAGGAGCGAAGGUCCAGCUGAUUCGCGUUCGUAACCCCUGGGGUCAGGUGGAGUGGAACGGACCCUGGAGCGACAACGCCAGGGAAUGGAACGCCGUUGACUCUUCGGAGAAGAAGCGACUGCUGCACAACUCGCUGGAUGACGGAGAGUUCUGGAUGGAGUUCGGGGAUUUCAAAGCCAACUACGAUAAAAUCGAGAUCUGUAACCUGACGGCCGAUUCUCUGUCGGACGACGUCAGCAAGAAGUGGGAGGUGAAUCAGUUUGAGGGCAACUGGAUCAGGGGCUCCACCGCUGGCGGCUGCAGGAACUACAUCGACACAUUCUGGACCAACCCGCAGUUUAAGCUUCGCCUGGAGCAUCCGGACGACGGCGACAAGCUGUGCAGCGUCAUCGUGGCCCUGAUGCAGAAGAACCGCCGCCGGCUCAGGAAAGAGGGGCUCGACAUGGAGACCAUCGGCUUCGCCAUUUACGAGGCUCCCGACGAGCAAGACCACCAGGGGAAGGACUUCUUCCGCUACAACGGCUCUAAAGCGCGGAGUCGUACGUACAUCAAUAUGAGGGAGGUGUCCGAGCGCUUCAGACUGCCGCCGGGAAACUACCUGCUGGUGCCCACCACCUUCCAGCCGCACCACGAGGCCGAUUUCCUCAUCCGGAUCUUCUCGGAGAACAGAGCCGGAGCCAUUGAGAUGGGAAACACCAUUAAAGCGGAUCUGCCAGAUCCGCCGAAGCCGAACCCUCCCGAGGAGGAGACGGACGAGGAGAAGGGCCUGAGGAGGCUGUUUGAACAGAUCGCCGGAUCGGAUAAAGCCAUCAGCGCCAGGGAGCUGCAGCACGUGCUGAACAAUGUCCUGAGCAGAAGGAAAGAGGUGAAGUUCGACGGAUUGACCCUCAACACCUGCCACAGCAUCAUAAACCUGAUGGAUGUGGAUAACACCGGGAUGCUGGAGUUCGAGGAGUUCAAAGUCUUCUGGGAUAAGCUGAAGAAGUGGAUCAUGCUGUUCCUGUCCUACGACUCGGACCGCUCCGGACGCAUGUCCUCCUACGAGAUGCGCAGCGCUCUGAACGCUGCAGGCAUGUCUCUGAACAACAAGCUGCUGCAGCUGGUGGGGCUGAGGUUCGCGGAUGAAAACUUCGAGAUCGACUUCGACGACUACCUGACGUGCAUCGUGCGCCUGGAGAACAUGUUCAGAGUUUUCCAGGCCUUAGAUCAGCAGAAGAAAGGAGUGAUCAGUCUGAACAUGGUGCAGUUCCUGAUGUUGUCUAUGAACAUAUGAGGAUUCAACCAAAUCCAGCAGGAAUGGAUGGAGUCAGCUGUGCAGUUGUUUUUGUUUUUUUUCUGUCAUGCUGAACAGUUUUUACACGUUUUUCUUUGUUUGUGGGCUCUUUCCCAUCACCACUGACUACAGAUUUACCUGAAAGUUUAUUAUUAUUAUUUUUUUUGGAAAAAAGCAACCCUCCAGUGUUGUUCUCGAUGGCAUAUUUACUGUAUUUUUUUUUUUUUUUUUUUUGUGGUUUGAGGCAUAUUCACACUUCUGGGACGUUGCAAGAAUUUGUAAAACUGCAAGAUGUAUUAUUAUUCACAGAGCUGCUGGAUCGCUAAGAUCAGGGAUAUAAACGAAUAAAAACGACUAACGGGUGCCGUGGCUGUUGUUACUGAGAAGCUGUGAUAAAACAUCCGAUAGCUGAAAUGUGUUCAAUAAAAAAAAAAAAUGUUUGACAAAAA